GAGAGAGAGAUGUGAGAUGCUAAGCAGCAAUGCCUUUGUGUAUAGUUUAUAAUACAUAUAUUACCUCAGCAGUCCAAGACUGGCAAUAAUCAGAUUCUACAGUGGAACUUGCUGGACUUUUUCAGCUAUUUUCAUCAUUUUCAUCUGACCACAAGACAAGAUGUCGGCAACAGGCAGCAAAGAUUCCACCAACAUGAGGAUAGUUCUGCUGGGUACGCCUGGAGCAGGGAAGAGUGCGACAGGAAACACCAUCCUGGGGAGAGAGGUGUUUAGAGAGGAGACUGGAUCAGGGAAGAGUGUGUUGGGGAAAGGAGUGGUGGAGGGGAGGAGCAUCACUGUGAUUGACACUCCUGGGAUUUACAGCACAACACUGACUAAAGAACAACUGAAUGAGGAAAUGAAACGCUGCAUCUCUCUCUCUUCUCCGGGCCCCCAUGUGUUUCUUCUGGUUAUCAGGCUGGAGACAUUCACACAGGAAGACAGGAAUACUUUGUCAUGGAUCCAGGAAAACUUUGGCGAAGAGGCCUUGAGUUACACCAUGGUGUUAUUCACCGGAAGAGAAAAACUAACCAGGAAGCAAUGGGAGGACUUUGAGAGGACUGAAACAACUUUACAACCAAUCAGUGUGUGUGGAGGAGGGUAUUAUGCCCUCAACAGUAAGCCAGAGGUCCACACCACUCAGGUCACAGAGCUGCUGAGGAAGAUAGAAGAGAUGGGGGAGAGGAAUGGAGGAGGUCACUACCUAGAGGAGAGGUACCAGGAGGCUCAGAGAAAGAUCAGAGAGGAGCAGGAGAGGGAGAAGAAAAUAGAGGAGAGGAAGAUAGAGGAGGAGAAGAGAGAGGAGCAGAAGAGAGAGGAGGAGAAGAGAGAGGAACAGAAGAGAGAGGAGGAGAAGAGAGAGGAGGAGAAGAGAGAGGAGGAGAAGAAAAUAGAGGAGAGGAAGAGAGAGGAGGAGAAGAAAAUAGAGGAGAGGAAGAGAGAGGAGCAGAAGAGAGAGGAGGAGAAGAGAGAGGAACAGAAGAGAGAGGAGGAGAAGAGAGAGGAGGAGAAGAGAGAGGAGGAGAAGAAAAUAGAGGAGAGGAAGAGAGAGGAGGAGAAGAGAGAGGAGGAGAAGAGACAGAAGGAGGAGCAGAAGAGACAGGAGGAAGAGCAGAAGAGACAGGAGGAGGAGCAGAAGAAACAGGAGGAGGAGCAGAAGAGACAGAAGGAGGAGAAGAGACAGAAGGAGGAGCAGAUGAGACAGGAGAAGAAGAAGAGACAGGAGGAGGAGCAGAAGAAACAGGAGGAGGAGCAGAAGAGACAGAAGGAGGAGAAGAGACAGAAGGAGGAGCAGAUGAGACAGGAGAAGAAGAAGAGACAGGAGGAGGAGCAGAAGAAACAGGAGGAGGAGCAGAAGAGACAGAAGGAGGAGAAGAGACAGAAGGAGGAGCAGAUGAGACAGGAGGAAGAGCAGAAGAAACAGGAGGAGGAGCAGAAGAAACAGGAGGUGGAGCAGAAGAAACAGGAGGAGGAGCAGAAGAGACAGAAGGGGGAGCAGAAGAGACAGAAGGAGGAAGAUCUAUUGGUAUUAGCAACUGUUACAGGUGUGUUAACAUUACUAGCUGUAGCGUGUUUUUGGGCCAAACAAUAGAAGAUUGAAUGUUGAUGAAGAUGUUGGCUUGAAUGCUGAAUGCUGAUUGAAUAUUUCAUCUCCUGACCACAGAUGUUACACCUACUAAUGAAAUGUUUUGUUUCCAUCAAUAAUUGCUGUAUGUGGAAUUAUAUUCAGGUUCAGAUCUUAUGUAAAUAUGAUUGACAUGUAAAGGUAUUGGUAUUUAAGGUAUUGUGAUAUGAGGGUGAAAUGUAGCAUCUGGUUCAGUUAGAUUCUGUCACAACGUGGCCCUUUUGGGUGUAUGUCUCAGUUGUUGAAUCUUGUUUUGUUCAUACAAAUAUUUACACAUGUUAAGUUUGCUGAAAAUAAAGGCAGUUGACAGUGAGAGGACGUUUCUUUUUUGUUGAGUUUAUAACUGUAUCUCUGGAAGUGUACACUCCUCAGUUAUUCGUUUUCUACCUGAUUGUUGUAUAAAAUUAAUUAUUAAAUAUGAAACUAUUUGUGAAAAGAUGUAAUGUGAUGUUAACCUUCAAAAUGAGAGAAUUGUCUUCCAUGUGAAGUAUUAACCAGGUCAGUGGCCACGCCCACGUGAACAUAGACAUUAUGUUGGGGUCAUGGACCUCCCUUUUCUCAGAAGUGUAUAAAACCCACUCCUGACGAUAUCUACAUUUGAACCAGAAAAGCAUGGUACAUUUUUAAAUGUUUAAGAAAUCUACCAACUAGAGUAAGAGAACGCCGGGACGAUGUCCCCAUGUUGAAAUGUCUACCACUCUAUAGGCCAAGGAGACCAGACAGUGUGUAGAGUUGGCUACAUGGCUGGAAAUGGUUCAACUCUAAACCUUGCUACAGAAGGACCUAGACGACAGGUUUUCAGUCUGCAGCUGGAAAUAUGCGAAGCAUCUAUACUAUGAGACAACCAUUGGUACGCCUGACGUAUACAAAAUAACAGAGCUGCUGUACAAACUGCUACCACGAAAGACAUUGUGACUUCUGGGGAACACAACCAGAGACUCUCUGAACUAUUCUCCACAUAAUGAUCAUGUAUUUUCAACGGCGAGACAGCAACAACAUACAAGCGUAAAUAUAUAUUCAUUGCAAUCAUUUUCGAAUGAGCGGCUGUUCAUGUGCAAAGUAUUAGCAUUUAAAUUCAUAUAAUUAUCGACGGUGUGUAGUGAAUCCAUUUUGUCUUUCCCGCUCUUUAUCUGUCCCCCACCCCUUUCCAUUGUCUACCAAGCCGUCAUACCGGUUUAGCCCACUAGGGACUUAUCAUUGCAUUGUGUUAGUAACCAAUAACUGUUUGUUUGUUAUGUAUUCCUGUGAUUGUUUUGUUAGUGAGUAAAUAAAUAUUUAAGGCAAUUUGUAUACUGCUGAUUCAUUAUGGAGACUAGGGUUCAUGCAGAUAACCAAGAAUUGUACGACGUUCAGAAUGAGACAGACGAAGAUUAAUAAUCAUUAAUAGAAGACUGUAAUUGAUAA